UUGAGUUCCCAGAAACAAUAUUACUUUCCGGCUUCGACUCAUGUUAGAAAUCUAAUUUCUCUAAGGAAUGGUGUGAAAUAGGAGAAAUGCCAAGCUGCGUAAAUAUGGAAAAACCAGAUUGAUUGAAAUCACAUGUUAUAUAUAGGAUAAAACUGUCCGAUAUAAAAAUGACUCAAGCAUCGGGACACAGAAUAUAAGAAGAUCAGGGUUCAAGGUUAUUAAAAAUUCUCCUAACCCUGGUAUUUGAUUGGUCAGAAACCAGCACAGAAUGCAUAUAUUGGCCAAUGAAUAUCCUGAGAUUUGAGAUGGAACUUGGAAAAUAGUUUUAUAACCUUGAGGUCAGGAGCAGGAAAUAGUCUUGCAAAUGAUGAGCAAUUACACUGAUGUCUUAAGAACUAAAGUCUGUCUAGUGGAAUUCCAUUCAUUGGAAAACUUUUAAUUUAACAGGCUAAAAGAAAACUCAAAAUGAGGUUUUAUUUGGUCCUGUUUGUUGUAAAAGUUUGUCAUGUUGCCAUAGCAACAGGAGAGGAUGUACACAAGCCCCUGACAGUACGCAAUGCAACAUAUUCCCCAGCUACAGUAAACCCUGUUACAUCUGGUCAUGUGACUUCAAGUCCACAUGUUAAAGAUACCAAUCACAGUAACCACGGUAACAACCACAGUGAGGCAGGAUGUAAAGAUUCCCAUAGUGACGGUCUCCAUGGAAAGGAAGGUCAUGGUCAUAAAAGCAAGAGAAUACAUGUGGUAGAAUUUAAUUUUGACCAUGUCAAAACACCCCUACUUUUUGGGCUUGUGGUAAUUAUUGCAGGACUGAGCAAAAUAGGAUUCCACCAUGCCAAUUUCAUGUCGUCAAAAGUUCCAGAAUCAUGUAUUUUGAUCUUUCUCGGUGUAAUAUUUGGUGCAAUAUUUCUGCUUUCUGGGACAGGAGAUGACUUAGAACAGUUCUUUCAGCCAGAUCAGUUUUUCCUGUAUCUUUUACCCCCAAUUAUACUUGAGGCAGCAUUUAGUUUACAUGACAGGACAUUUACAGACAAUCUUGGCAGCAUAAUUAUGUUCUCUGUUGUGGGCACAGUGAUUGCAUGCUUUGCUAUAGGUUUGAGCCUUGUUGGGUUGGCUAAAGUAGGUGCUAUGGAAGACCCACAGGCCACACCUGUACAGAUACUUGUGUUCAGUGCCCUUAUAGUAGCCGUGGAUCCUGUGGCUGUAUUGGCAAUAUUCCAGGAAGUGGGCGUGAACAAUAUGCUGUAUUUUCUGGUGUUUGGAGAGUCUCUAUUAAAUGAUGGUGUAACUGUUGUUUUAUAUAAUGUCAUGCAGAUUUACAGUAGAAUGGAUACAAUAGAAGCUGAUCAGAUAGUGCUUGGUAUAGUAAAGUUUCUAGUGGUAGUGUUUGGGGGUAUAUUUAUCGGAGUUGCAACGGGACUUUUAUCAUCAUUCCUCACCAGGUUUACGAACAAUGUGAAGGUUGUGGAACCGAUUAUCAUAUUCGGCUUCGCUUAUCAGUCGUACAUUAUAGCAGAAAUGUUUCAUUUCUCAGGGAUUAUUAGCAUAAUAGGAUGUGGUUUGACACAAAUGCAAUAUGCCUUCAACAAUAUCACCAAUAAAUCCAAAUUAGCUUGCAAGUUUUUUGCCAAAGUCAUAAGCAAUACCUGUGAGAUCAUCAUUUUCCUGUUUCUCGGACUGAGAACAGUACAUCCCCAUCAUGUCUGGAAUACAGGUUUUGUCCUAUGGACAACAUUACUUUGUGUACUGUACAGAUUUAUUAUUACCUUUGUGAUGUCAUUUUUGAUCAAUAGAUGUGAUAGAUACAGAAUACGUAAAAUAAAACUUGACGAAAUGUUUAUGAUAAGUUACGGAGGGUUACGAGGGGCAGUUUGUUUCUCGCUGGUUGCAUUGCUAGAUGAGGGCGAGUUCCCGAUGAAAAAUAUGUUUAUGACAACGAGCUUGUUCGUUAUCUUUUUCACAGUGUUUAUACAAGGUGGGACCAUCAAAUGGUUGGUAAAGAAGAUGAGAGUGUCACUACAAGAUUCAUCAAAAGAUAUGAUCCUUUAUCAAGAACUUAAUCAGCAUGUAUCCGAUCAUCUGAUGGCAGGCAUAGAGGAGAUUGUAGGCAUGUCAGGAAAAUAUCUUUUGAGGGAAAAGUUUGACCGUUUAGAUGAUCGUUUUAUCAGACCAUUUUUACUCAGGGACCCAACAAAGUGUGAUGGGAUUGAGAUUAGUAACUAUUAUGAGAAACUUGUGAUGAAGGAACAUUACAAAAAUCUGCGACUAUGUGGUGUGUCAAAUCUACCAAGGGUAGAAUCAGAUUUACGGCAGAUAGACAGCUCUGUGUGUUUGAAGGGAAUGGAUGACGAAUAUGAACAACGAGCACUGGAGAGAGAUGAAGAGAUAGAGAUGAGGAGGCAUCGUUUAGUGUCACAAAAAUCAAUGAAGGAGGCCGAGGGACCGGAGGGCAUCGAUUUGAAGAAACUGUUUAGAAGUGCCAUGGUGUCUUCAAGACAGAGAACUGGCUUGCAUUAUCACGACAAGAACUUUGUGACUGACGAGCGACGUAACAUGGUUAGUCAUCUCCGACACAAGUACAAGAAAAAUCAACGACUAAGCAAUUUCACACCGAAAGUACAACGAGCCUUGUCAUGGGACGAGGACAAAACAGACUUGGCGACAAGACGUUCGUCGGACUUGAAACUUAACCUGCGCGCAGGACGAGCAAAGACUGUCGAUUAUUCGCCGCUUCAAUCAGUCAGUUCAGAUAAGGUGUCAUCACCGCCUGUAUUUGGCUUAGAAGAUACUGUUUUCGAAGUGGAAGAUGAACAACAAGAGGGAAAACCGUUACUUACAAACAAUAACAAAACUGCAGCAAACGUAGUUAAAAAUCAUGAAAAUGAGCAUAAACAUGUGACAUUCCAAAAGCAGGAUGAGAUGGGUAACUCUGUAGUGCCACAAAAUAUCAAGGCAGUAAACCAUAAUGAAAACAUUGAGGGGGCCGUGAAUAGACCAGGGCCGUCGCGGUCCCAAUCAUCGCAACAUUCGGCUCAUCUCUUAAGACAAGACGCUAUGAAAGAUCCCGAUUCAAAUGUUGAAAUUCAAAUGCAAGAUUUAGGAAAAGAUAGUAAGGAGAUGCCCAAUAGGCAGAUGUCGGUGUAACUUUUAAAAUAUUUCUUAUAUUCUUACAGUAAGCUAUAUUCAUAUAUUUUUAUGGUAGAUGAUAUAACAUUUAUAUCAUUCACUAACUAUCACUUUUGAAUAUUGGUGAUUUAUAAAUGGAUAUUACACAGCUUAAGUUUCUAAUAUUUAUCAGUCAAAGAAUUUAUGACGAGAAAACAAGCCAUUAGGGCUUAUAAAUAGCAAUAUCUAUGUGUCCGAUUUGUUUGUCAAAAUUUGUUAUUGAUUAUUGUUGCCCUUAACAGGUGAGCGUUCAACAUCGCAUGUGGUGCUCUUGUUUCAAACCAAUAUUUGGGUUAUACAAAAUGUUGAAAAGUCUUGAUACAUUAAUGCUGUCCAAGAAAUGGGAAAGGGGCGAAAGUGCACAGCCUUGACUAUUCACAGAUAAACAUUACUGUAGACCAUAUAUUGUCAUAUUAUACUAUAUUAUUUAAUCACAUACCCAUAUCGAUUUUGCAACUCCUUAAAAAUGUUAUUGCACAGCCAUGCAUAUAUUUUGAUGUGACGUCAUUUAUGUUAUACAAACAUAGUGUAAAGACAAGCUACACUUUAGGCGCAUCAUUGAAAAAUGAUUGUUUUGCACUUUACUUUAAACAGUCUUUAUUUUAGGUAUGUGAUAAACAGAAUACUGUAUUUGUGUAGGUUCAUUACUGAAUUUAUUGAACUCGUUGAAUAAAAUUAUAUCAUGCUCGCCAGAGGCUCGUAUAAUAUGAUUUUAUUCAACUUGUUCAAUAAAUUCAGUAUUAAACUUACACUCAUUCAAUAUCCUCUAUUUAGUCAAGGUUAAGUGUAUUAAGCACUUCGAGGACUUACCAGAGAAAAGUGCAGACAUAUUCUACUAGUAUUUAGAGCGGUGUCAGCACAUAGAAUUUGUGUACUAUGUACACUUCAUUAUUAACUUCUGUUUUAGUUUUGAUAUUGAAAUCCCUCUAACUGAAAAUGGACUGUUCCAAAUUCAAAUUAAGACUACACCAGGGUAUUAGGGUUAUUUCAACUCUAGUCCAAAAUAAAUGACCUAUGUGCUGUUAAAGUUCAUGUUAAUGUUUUGCCUAGAAAUAAGUAUACACAACAAAGCAAAGUCUUAUUUAUUAGGACUGUUCCAAUUCCAUCAUUACUUUAAGUUGCAUUUGUAUUUUGUUUUCACAUUUACUAUCAAAGUAAGUUGUUGGAAGUGAUAUGUAUAAGUAACAUGUAGUUGUUAUUUGUGUAAAUAAUGUUAAUGUUAUAUAUGUAUUAUUUUUUUAAUAGCUGUCUUUUGUUGUUUUAAAUUGUUUUUAGUUUAGCAAUAUAUUUUUGAGAAAAUUAUGUUUUUAUUUUACAUAAUUCUUUUCACUUCGUGCCAGUGUAUCUGUUAGUAUCACAUUUUGGUUAACAUCUUUUUGUAUCAUCUCACUCUUUCAUGGAUGCCAUCGUGCCAUUAAAGGCCCAUUUUGCCUCAGAAUUAAAGAUAAGUCCAUGGUCAUACAUUCAGCUCUUUAUGUUUUCAUUUGUUUUAAAGUUUUUAUUUUGCAAGAAUUCUACUCCCUAUAUACAUGUAUAAAUGUCCCACUUUAUAUUGACAGUUCAUCUUUAAAGCUGCAUUCAGCUUUUAUUUUCAGUUGGGAAAACAAUUCUGCAUUGUUUCAAAGUAUUAAAGUAUUCCAGUAAUUUUCUCUUGGAAAAGUGCAUCAUAUUCAAAUUAAACCCUUUUCAAAACAGCGUCCCAAAAGCUUAUUAUAAAGCAUCAGUGACGCUCAUUUCUUGAAUUAGAAGAUCUGGAAUGAAAUCGUCUGCUUUAAUAAUUUAAAUAUAGAGAGGGUACCAUUAGAUUACAGGUAUGAAGGGGUUUCUUGAUUGUUAAUGUUUUAAAUCGUGAGCAGAUUUUCUUUUACAUCCUCCUUUUUAUACGCCCGUUUGAAAAACGGGACGUAUUAUGUGAACGCCCCUGGCGGUCGGGCGGGCGGCGUCCAAUUUUGUCCGGAGCAUAUCUCCUACAUGUAUGGAGGGAUUUUAAUGAAACUUCAUAGAAAUGUUCACCACUAUGAGGAGCAGUGUCACGCACAUGAACCAGGUCUCUAGGUCAAAGGUCAAGGUCACACAUAGAGCUCAUUGAAAAACGCUUGUCCGGAGCAAAACUUCCACAUGCAUAGAGGGAUUUCAAUAUAACUUGGCACAAAUGUUCACCAUUGUGAGGCGGAGUGUAGCGCACGAAAUUCAGGUCCCUGCAGCCAAGGUCAAGGUCACACAUAGAGGUCAAAGUUUAGAUAAAAAUAUGAAGAUGUGUAUAGGGACGAUUUAAUCAUCAUUUAUUGAGGGAUUGUAACACAAAUGGUCAUUAUCAUGACUACGGCUGUGACACAUGUACUUUAGGUCAAUAUAUGCAAGGUCAAGGUCACUAAAGAUGGUGAAAUAUCCAGAUUUUGUCUGGAGCAUAUCUCCUACAUGUAUGGAAGAAUUUUUUGUAAUACUUUAUGGAAAUGUUCACCACCAUGAUAUGUAUUGCUCCAUGCAUGAUCCAGGUCUCCAGGUCAAAGGUCAAGGUCACACUUAGAGCUCAUUGAAAAACGCUUGUCCGGAGCAAAAAUUCUACAUUCAUAAGGGGAUUUCAAUAUAACUUGGCACAAAUGUUCACCAUUGUGAGGCUGAGUGUUGCACGCAAAAUUCAGAUCCCUGCGACCAAAGUCAAGGUUACACAUAGAGGUCAAAGUUCAGAUAAAAAUUUGAAGAUGUGUAUACGGACCAUUUAGUCAACAUUUAAUGAUGGAUUGUAGCACAAAUGGUCAUUAUCAUGACUACAGGUGUGACACAUUUAAUUUAGGUUAAUAUUUGCAAGGUCAAGGUCACUGGAGAUGAUUAAAUAUCCAGAUGUUGUCCGGAGCAUAUUUUCUACAUGUAUGGAGGAAUUUUAAUGUUACUUUAUAGAAUUGUUCACCACCAUGAGAUGUAGUGCCCUGCACAUGAACCAAGUCUCUAAGUCAAAGGUGAAGGUCACAGUUAGAGCUCAUAGAAAAACGCUUGUCUGGAGCAAAACUUCUACAUGCAUAAAGGGAUUUCAAUAUAAUUUGGCACAAAUGUUCAUCAUUGUGAGGCUGAGUGCCGUGCAUAAAAUUCAGGUCCCUGCGACCAAGGUCAAGGUCACACAUCCUGUGCAUAUCUUCCCUACUGAUUUGUUUUAAGGUUCAUUUAACAACACAGUGCCAAGAAUAAAAACUUGCUUGCUUGCAUUAUCCAUAAUGCCCCCAUCUCCAUCUAAAGCUUUCAUAAACGGGCGUAUUUUUUUAUUUGACAAUUGUAUGAAAUUUAUCUAAAAUUAUAUUUAAUCAUUAGAAAAGCUGAAGGUCACUUUAAGACUUUACAACCAUAUUCCUUGUAACGUUUUUUUUGUCAACUUAAAAUACUUGGUAUGCAAAAUAAAUAUUUGUUUUAUUAUUUAUAUAUACAUUGUAUUCAUUGAGUAAUAAUGUUAUCAUAUUAUAUCUAUUUCUUAUAAAUUCCCUGUGAAUUUUUUUAAAUUUCUACUUAAUAUUUGUUUUUAGGAAAAAAAUGGUGUUUUUUUCUACUUUUUUUGACAUAGCUAGGGUGGAAACAGUUAUUGUACUGAACAAUUUUAAAUGUCAGCAUUAGUAAUAACUUAAAUUACUUAAAAGAUAGAUUAGAGUGGUACGGUAAGCUCCAUAGGUUCACGGUUGGACUGUGAAUUGGGUGACCUGGGUUCGAUACCUGGCGGUUUUUGUUGUGAUUGAUCAUGAAUAAUCAGAAUAUUUGCACACAAUUAAGUUAUUGGUCCAUGGCCUUUUAAAAUGGUACAAAAAUCUUGAAAAAAAUUUUCAAGGGUAAUUUCAAGAAACCUCAAUGAAUGCCGUUACAGAAUGCCGUUGGUUCCUAUCUCAGCUGCCCGUUUGUGCCUGAAAUAAUGUAGAGAGGCACCUGAGGUAAACCUGGCGAGUUGCCAUAUUAUGACCUACAGGUAUACUGUGUUGGUGUGAUGUUAAUCCCAGCUGAAAAAAGGGUCCCUCUUAAACUGUUUUACGUUUUAAGUUUAAAGAAUUUGAUGUAAAAUAUGCAUACCUGUUGCCUUACAGUUUACUUUGUAAAUAUUUUGUUGCAUGUAUAGAUUAUGAAAAUAAGCAAUAUACGCUGUUCACAAAUCAAUGUUUUAAGGACAUUCAUUUGCAAAUUUAAUUUGUUUUCACUGAAAAGAUCUCACUUAAUUUAACUUGGUGUAAAGUAAGAAAUCCAUUUUUUCGAUAUUUUAUUUGUUUUAAAAUGUCAAUGUUAUAUCAAUAGUGGUAUAUAGUUUUGAGAAAAAGUCAUCUUUUUAAUUGAUUUUUUUUCCAAUGACUAAAAUGUUACUUGUUUUGUGUUUAUAGUGUUACCUGAUUUCAUUAUGAUAAUGUACAUUUAUACCUCUGUUGCCUAAACAUUCCUAUAUAUUUUUUUUCUACAUUAUUAUAAUAUUGUUUUUCUUGUUAGCUGAAUGAGAUUCUUUGAUUUAAUGAUUUAAGGACUUUUCAGCUCCUGGACGUUUCGGCCCCUGGACGUUUGGGCCUCACUUGACAAAUCAAGCUGUAAUAACAUAGGUUACAAUGUCAAACAGGUUACAAUGUCAAACAGGUAUACUGAUUAAUCCCUGCAGUAGACAAUACAAUAUAAGAAAAAAGUAGCCGAAAAGACCAGUGCCAAAAUGUCUAAGGGGUGAAAAGACCAAGGCCGAAACAUCCAGGAGGUGAAACGUUGAGGUACAGACUUAAUGAUAUAAUCAUUAUGGUUACUUAUAUUUUUGGGGUAGUUUAAAGCAAUUUAUGAAUAUAAUUGCAUGUGCAAAGGCAUUAAUUGUAUUUACUUAUUUUUAAAUUACAAGCUACAGCAAUAUAUUUGACAAAACUAUCACAUUAAGCUAUUAUACUGCAUCAUAUAUAUUG